AUGGGUAAAACUAACACAAAAAAGCAGGAGGCUCGUGUUGCCCGCCUGCGUAGCCUUCCAAAGUCGGAGAGGCUCGUAAAGAUUGCACGAAUUAAAAAGCGUGAGGGAAGGAUUCUCGACUCAGCAGAGAAACAUGCCUUAAAGAUGUCUUCCGAGUAUGGUGAAAUCAUACGGCUUUGGGAGGUUCUCCGCACAUCUGAGGGACAAUCUAAAGAAGAGGAAGAGAAGGAAAAACAAAAAAAGAAAGGAAAGAACAAAAAAGGGGAGGAUUCCACCGAUGAUGUGAAGCAGCAGAAACUCAGUCGAUACAAACACAAAUACCCAACAGUUGACAAACUGCUAAAAAAGAUUGAGCCAAAAUUCGACACAUAUGUGAGGACGCCUCGUACAAGUCGUGUCAUUCAGUCCAUGAUAAAGUACGGCUCAACUGAGCAGCUUGGGAAAAUUGUUGGACUAAUUUCUAGUGGAUAUGCGAACUACGCAACUGAUGCGUAUGGUCAUUUUGUCGUCGUCGCAUUACUUCGUCAUGCACCGCAUGAUUUGUUUGAUAAAAUCCUGUCACUCACCAUUCCCGCCGUCCCCACGCUGAUUUCGCAUCGCUUCGGCAUUGAGGUGAUCCACAGCGCGUAUAGCAGUAACCUUUGUACGGCUACGAACCGAAACCUUCUAAUUUUAGCCGUGUUCAAGGACAACAUUGCGCUCAUGAAGCGGUGGAAAGGUUAUCCCAUUUUGGAGGAUGUGUUAGCGCAAGAGGUGGAGCAGCGCAAGAGACUUCUUCCUAAACUCUUUGAAUUGUGUGAAAAACUUGUGUCGCAAAAAAGUGCUGUGGAUUUCCCAUUUGUCCAGCGCUUAGCCGCUGCCUUUAUUCGAAACGGAACAAAACAUGAAGUAUCUGAGCUGUGUGACACACUUCGACCACAUUUGGCGGUGCUGUGCACAAUUCGCGAGGGAGCACCUCUUGCAUCACUUGCCUUUUCACUUACGGAGCCUAAAAAGCGAAAGGUUAUUUUACGCGCCUUCUCUGAAAACCUUGGUGUACUCGUGGUGAGCAAAUACAGUGCUCCCGUCAUUGCGCGUCUAUUUGAUAUUGUGUAUGAUGUGCAACUUCUCUGCAAAUAUGUGGUGAAUGAUGUGGUCUCGCAUAUUACACAACUUAUCAACAGUCCCUUUGGACAUCAAAUUUUGUUACACCUUUUAACACCACAUGACGAACGCAAAACUAAAUUCCUCCUUCCCAACUGGUUCCAACAUAACCUUUACUCCGUGGAGAAUACGCGGUGGAAUUGCCACACAUGGCUCACACAUGAGUACAAGGAAGAGGAAGUUGAGCUGUGUAGCAAAGACGCUGAGCAAACGCAUUUGGCUGUGUUGCCAACUUUAAUUAAAAAGUUCUUGGAAGUUCUGAGCAACUCCGAAGUGGCUUCAAAACUUAAUAAACAUUACGUGGGUCUCAUUGCAAGGGAGGUGCUGCAUGUUCAUGAAAAGGAGCCAGCUUACCGGAAGGCACUGAAGCUUUCAGCGAAUGAUGUUCAAGUGCUGGAACGCUUAUCGCUUUCACGUGGAAAGAAGGAACCACGACAUGAAGAAGGCGGAAAUUCUGUGGGGAAAAUCACAUCAGAGGUACAAAACAAAACGAAAGGGCGGAGGUUGGAACGGCCGCAAAUGCAAAAACCCGCCGAGACUCCCCGAGUUGUUAAAAAGAUGAUGAAAAGUAGCGGUGUUGAGAGAUCUCGCAAGGAAGGAACUAAAGUGGAAACUGUGAGCCAUGCGGUGAGUACACUCAAGAAGAAAAAGAAGGUUCUCCCCAAGAAAUAA